UCCGAUCCAGGGCUGUUUGUCUGUCGCAGGCAUUCCCUUGUGCGGAACCUUCAACUGCCUCGAACGAUUUCCGAGUUGCCUUGCGGACAGUGGCCAGUCGUCCGCUGCCGUCGCCGACGGCUCUUCACUCCAGUCUGUACAAUUACCCUGCGGGCGACUGGGCAUUGUUCGGCGCAGCAAGGCGGUAUUCUGUAGCAUUGGUUUGUCCAGCACUCCAGCAACCGCGCUUAGCGCGAGCCAUAGCGUCCUAAACGCGCAACCAUGGCGUCGACCAUGGAUCCAGCACUACCCCCGACCCUUCCCGCCGACGCUUCUGGUGAUGCACCCCGAAGGAAACGACGGUCUUCUAAGAAGGUGAAGUCGGGGUGUGCCUCUUGCAAACAGCGGCGCAUUAAGUGUGGCGAAGAGCGACCAGAAUGCUACAAUUGCAGGCGCAGCGGCCGAGUGUGCGCCGGCUACCCACCGCCGCCCCGGAGCGCGAGGCCGUUCGAGGAAAUCAAGAUCGCCCCGAAACCGAUUGCGGCCGAUACGGCGAGUGCGCCACCACCCAACCACCGGCCAGUCCAACUGCCUCCCAGGCGGCUCACGAAGCCCUACCGACGUACCACGCCUCCGAUGACGCCCGGCGCCGCCGGUGCUCCGGUGAUGCUGUAUCGCCCGUCGGUAAGCCUACCAUUCACCGACCAGGAGGGCCAGUACUUCCACCUGUUCCGUGAGCAAACGGCGAGCGAACUCUCUGGCUUCUUUGACUCGACCUUCUGGACCCGCAGUGUCCUGCAAGAGUGUCACUCAGCACCGGCGAUACGCCAUGCCGUUGUGGCGCUGGGCGCUUUAUACAAGACGCUCGAGAAGUCGAACGAGUCACCACCGACUUCCCCCUAUCCAGACAGGGACCCGGGGGAUAACGCGAUGCGGCACUGGGAGAUGGCAUUCAGGCAGUAUUCCAACGCCUGCAAUGCGUUGGUCAAGGCAGAGACCGCCGAUUCGACCUCGAACAGGACGAGGUUGAUGGCAAGCGUGCUGCUGGCAUGCUUUGAUUCCUUCGUCGGCGAUCACAAGCAAGCCAUCGUCCAGAUCCAGGCGGGGCUGGGGUUAUUAGAACGGUUGCGAGCCCAGAGGAAAUCGGCCUUUCUGUCUGCGUCCGACGAGCCGGUAGAGGAGGAGCUCACCCAGAUGUUCACUCGGCUCGCGAUUCAGGCCAAGUCCUACGACAUGGCCUUCCACUUCCCCCAGCCCUGGGUCGUGCGCCUGACGUCCAGCCAAGGGCAAGACCCCGGGUCCCCCGCAUCGGACGCGUCAUCGCCGAUAGGCAUCAGCCAGGAGCCCAUCCCGGACCGCUUCGCAUCUGUUAUGGAAGCGCGCCUGGCUUGGGAUAGGCUCUGCGAGCGCAUCUUCCGCUUCACCGAAAUCAUGUUUGCCCACGCCCAGAACGGCGUCAUGGGCGUCCUGCCAGCGUCGCUGCAACAGUACGGCGUCUCUUUCAAGAAGGAUAUCGAGGCCUGGUCGCAUGCUUUUGAGCACAUCCUCGCAUCUAGGACCGCACCGGGCGUGAGCAGCCAGGAGAAGGCCGCCAUCGCCGUGCUCAAGAUGUUCCAGACCAUGGGCAAGAUCCUCUUCCUCAUGACCUUCAGCGACAGCGAGAUGCAUUUCGACAACUUCACGCCCUACUUCAAGACGAUUGUCGAACUCGCACUGGAGGUGGUCGGUGAUGAAGAGCGCAGAGCGGCCGCGAAGCGAUGCCCAGAUCCGGCAUUCUGCCGUCACCAGAGCCGCUGCGCGCCUAAUAUCUUUGGCGGCCGCGAGUAUGCCGCGCGCCACAUCAAGCCCAGCUUCAGCGCCGACCUGGGCAUCGUCCCGCCGCUCUACGUCGUCGCCACCAAGUGCCGCGAUCCGCACAUACGUCGGCAAGCCAUCCAACUGCUGCGGAGCAGCGCUCGCAGAGAGGGCAUGUGGGACAGCGAGUUGACGGCUCGAAUCGGCACCUGGAUCGCCGAGGUUGAGGAAGAAGACGCCAGGUUGUUCGACAGCACCUACGGGAACACGAUGCCCACGCCCGGUUCCAGCCCCGUGGAGACAAACGCCCGGCCAUAUGCCGGCGGAGAUAGCCCCCACUCUCGGUCGCGCUCGGAAUUCGCUGACGGCCAGUGGGGGAGAUCCGUCUCUCCCAGCGCCGCCUCGAGCCGCGCUUCCUCCUCCAGCACUCACUCCCUUCAGCAAAACCAAGCCAAGACGAUACCCAUACCCGAAGAAAAGCGCGUCAUGGUGAGGGCAGUCGAGUUCGAUCUGCGCGAGCGCUCGGCCGUCAUACAGCUCGGCUCGAGAAACCUCAAAACCGGCACACCGGAUUUGAAGACCAGGGUUACCAGAAUUACGUGGUAGCAUCUUGGGAUGCUUUCUUCUUCUUCUUCUUCUUCUUCUUCUUCUUCUUCUUCUUCUUUUCUUCUUAUUGAUACUUAUCCUCAGCUCUCAUUCGAUUCUUCCCAAAUACCCUCAGGACUGGUGGAUAGCAUCAGCCCCGGAUUG